AUGGCCAACAGCAACAACCAGAGCUCCUCAAGCUCCCAUGGUAAAAUCCUAUACAAAAUUCCUUCUUGGGUCACACCGGAUAAGAAGGAGUUUCACAAUAGAACAAUGGAGUUCCUUGCAUGGUACCGGAAGUCUAACCGCACCUUGCCUUCUCCCUCCAAUAAAUGCAUGAAGGUCAAAGAUAUGUCUCGCGAAGAAGUAUUGGAGAAAAUUAGGGAGGAGAAGAAACGUAUUGAAGAUGAUUGUUCCUUUGAGUUGGUUGAUCAAUCAGCCUCCAACAAAAUGUUCGAUGACGGUGCCCAACGUUUACUUCUAAAAGACGGCAAAAAACUUUACAAGCCGCAAAAAGCUACAAAAGAAGCCUAUGGUCGUGUUCUAAAUGUUGUUAAAGAUAUAUGUGAGCACAAGAAGUCCCGCACCCUCCGUGAUAUCUUUUACACGGCUCCCAAACUUUUCCGCAAGCAAUCUAGGUCUAACAAAGCCGUUAAUCAACUCAGUUGUGAAGUAGGUUGCACUCGUACCAGCCUCAAUGUCAUUGCAGGAGAUAGAGGCUUUGUCAUAGGUCCUUUUACUUUCAAGCUAGACGGAAGAUCGGUCGAUUGUAACAGUGAAUUUGGUCCAGAUAAUAGGGUCAGGGUUGGACAAGUCGUUCCGCCUUAUAUAAGUUCUGUUAGUGAUAUGAAGAACAAUGGUGCAAGGUUCGUGUUAGUAGUGGAAAGUGUAUCUGCUUAUCAAAGAUUGACGGGGGACAACUUUCAUAAUGAUUAUAAGUGUAUAAUCAUGACCGGAAAAGGCAUGUCUGAUCUAGCACUUAGAGAAUUCGCAAAGUAUAUAAUGGACACAUUCGAGAUUCCAAUAUUUCUCCUCUCAGAUUCUGAUCCAUGA